GGUAUUCCGUUUGAUAUAUCUGAAAGUUUGAUUGUUGCUGAACAAGUUAAUUCAUACAAUUUAGAAAAGUUGAACAUGAGUUGCAAUCUUCAUCUGCUCAGAAAGGAAGGACUUAAUACUAGAAGCAAAGGGCAAUUAACUUCACUUCAUAAAACCAAUCAACUUCAAGUUGGUGAUAUAGUGUCUAGACCUUUGGAGAAUGGGGACAUUAUAUUAGUUAACAGGCCUCCAUCUGUGCAUCAACAUUCUCUUAUUGCUUUGUCUGUGAUGAUCCUUCCUAUUCAGUCAGUCAUUUCAAUUAACCCAUUAUGCUGUGCUCCACUAUUAGGUGAUUUUGAUGGAGACUGUUUACAUGGGUAUGUGCCACAAUCCAUUGGCUGUAGAGUAGAGCUUCAAGAGCUGCUUAGUUUAGACCACCAGUUAUUUAAUGCACAGGAUGGUAGAAGCUUAGUUUCACUGACACAUGAUAGCUUAACUGCCGCAUAUUUGCUAACAGCAAAUCGGGAAUUUUUGAACAAAGUUGAUAUGCAACAAUUAGCUAUGCUGUGUCCUUUUCCAAUGCCGCCACCUGCAGUUGUUAAGACUCCUAAGUUUCAGAUUCCUUUAUGGACUGGAGAACAACUAUUUAGCAUGCUUGUUCCUCCAACCAUGGAUUUUGGUGUAAAUUCAAGAAAUAUGAUAAGUAAGGGUGAAGUUAUGGCCUCUCUUGGAGGAUCUUUUUGGCUACAGAAUACUACUACUGGUUUGUUUACUACCAUGUUCAAACAUUAUGGCAGGAAGGCUCUUGAUUAUCUCUGUUGUUCUCAGGAACUUCUUUGUGAAUAUUUAACAUUGAGAGGUUUAAGUGUUUCCUUAGGUGAUGUUUACCUCUCAUCAGAUUCAUAUUCCCGACGGAAAAUGAUGGAUGAAAUAUAUUUUGGAUUGGAAGAAGCUGAGGAUGCCUGCCAGGUUAUGCAGCUGAUGUUGGAACCUGAGAUGGAGAUCUUGAGGAAUCAGAAUAAAGAUGAAGAUACAUUAGAUUGUAUUAGUCAAUACAAGAUUGCUUCAGAAAGAACAUGUGUAAGCCAGGUUUCUAUUGCUGCUUUUAAGAAUGUUUACCAUGAUCUUUUAAGUCAAAUAUAUCAGUUUAUUAACAAGGAUAAUUCAAUGUUGGAAAUGAUUGAUGCGGGUAGCAAAGGUAGCUUGGUAAAACUAAUUCAACAGGGUGCAUGUCUGGGUCUUCAACUGUUUGCACAUCCACUACCUUUUACGGUGCCUAGCAAACUUAAUUGCUGUAUGUGGAACAAUCUGAAGGCAUUGGAUGGUGGAAUAUCUGAUGCCGCAAAAAGUUCGUGUGGGCAAAGCUCCUAUGCUGUUAUUGGUGCUUCUUUUCUUGAUGGUUUAAAUCCAUUGGAAUGUUUUGUCCAUGCAAUAUGUGGCCGUGCUAAUCUCUUCACUGAAAAUGCUGAACUUCCUGGAACUUUGACAAGAAAGCUUAUGUUUUACAUGCGUGAUCUAUAUCUUGCUUAUGAUGGAACGGUUAGAAGUGCUUAUGGUCAACAAAUUGUGGAGUUUUCUUAUAGCAUAUUGGAGGAUUCAACUGAAGGUGGGGAAUCAUGUGUUGCAUAUGAUGGAAAGGAUGCUGAAUAUACUGGAUUAGGUGGUGAACCUGUUGGUUCUUGGGCUGCUUGUUCGAUUUCAGAAGCAGCAUAUGGAUCUCUCGAGUUUCCAAUGAAUAGUUUGGAAUAUUCUCCGCUUAUGAAAUUAAAGAUGGUGUUGGACUGUUGUAAGUCUAAUGCAUCUACAAAUCACACUGCCUUACUUUUUCUUUCAAAGCGACUGCAUGGUUGGAGAUACGGUUGUGAGUAUGGAGCCUUGGAAGUGAAGAAUCAUCUGGAGAGAGUUUGCUUUUUCAAUUUGAUCAUCACUGUCAUGAUUCUUUAUGAUGGCCAUGAUGUUCAAGGGACAAAUUUUAGUCCAUGGAUCAUGCAUUUUCAUGUGGGCAAGGAUAAGAUGUUGAGGAGAAGAUUAAAUGUGCAACUUGUCAAAAAUGAACUCAUAAAACAUUACAAUUGUAUGAGGGAAAGGAUGAAUCCAAUGCUUCCUAGAUUAUGUUUUGUAAGCAAGAAUUGUUCAUCAGCUUAUAAGUGGAAGGAACAUGAUGACUCUUUCUGUAUGUCAGUUGCAGCUGAAACUUCAGAAUCACUAAUACAGUUGGAUACAAUAAGAGAUAUGGUGAUACCACUUCUACUUGAAACACCUAUUAAAGGUUUUUGGGCUUCUGAGAAGGUGGAAAUACUGUGUGAAAGCCUUCCAGGUUCUGGUUCUGAACUUUUUCUAAGAGUUACAAUGUCUAAAAAAUGUUUACCUGGAAGUUUUUGGAGUAACCUUCAAGAUGCCUGUAUACCAAUAAUGGACCUGAUUGACUGGCAACGCAGUCAUCCUGACAAUGUUUAUAAUAUUUCUGGCACAUAUGGAAUAGAUGCUGCAUGGAAGUACUUUGUAAAAUCCUUGAAGUCAGUAACAGCUGAUAUAGGGAGGGACAUACAUAAAAGACACUUAUUUAUGGCUGCAGAUUGCCUUUCAGUGACUGGGGAGUUUCAUGGAUUAAGCACAAAAGGUCUAAGACAGCAAAGAAACGAUAUGUCAAUCUCAUCUCCAUUCGCUCAAGCAUGCCUAUCUAAUCCUGUAAAUUGCUUUGUAAAUGCUGCUAAGCAAGGCUCAAUGGAUCAUCUAUCUGGUACACUUGAUGCAGUGGCUUGGGGUAAGGAGGCUCCAAGUGGAACUGGUGGACCUUUUGAAAUUGUUUACUCAGGAAAGGUUCAUAACCUAACUAGAGGUGAGGGUAUAUAUAAAAAUUUGCACAGCAUUAAAGCUGAGUUACAGCAGGGUGAUGGUGAAGUUUGCAUGGCUGCUAAUCAAACUGUCCCUGCCAAGUGGAAGCAGCAACCAAAGUAUUCCACCAAUUUUGAUGGUGCUAAAGAGACAAUUGACCCACAGACUUCUGAUGAAGAUAACCUAAAGGAAAGAAUCGUUUCUAAAUUUCGUACCAACAACUGUAAAGGUUACAACAAGCAACAACAAAUUUCAGCCAAUGAUUUUCUUGCUAAAAGCCACUUAACUUUUGGAUUAAGAUCAAAAUUCUCUUCAGAAAGUGUUAGCUCAUGGACUGAUGUCGUAGAUAUGUGCUCUUCAUUACGAACAAUUCUAUACAAGUACCCAAUUGAUGGAUUUCUUGAUGAGAAAGAUAAUUCAUCUUUAAUCGAGGCUUUGAACUAUCAUCCCAAAAGAGCUGCAAAAAUAGGAAAUGGAAUCCAAAAAAUCAAGGUUGGGUGUAGCCCAUUGCAUCCUGGCUCCCGAUGUUUUGUUCUGUUGAGGUCGGAUGGUUCACUAGAAGAUUUCUCAUACCGCAAGUGUGUGGUCGGAGCAGCCAAACUUAUAUCACCCGAGUUUGGCUCUAUUGUCCACAAGAAAAUCUUUCAUAGCCGAUAACUCGAAGAGGAUGAUAGUGAACUGUCACCUUUGAUUAGUUUUGUUAAAUGAGAAUUAGGCUGUACAUACUCAGAAGGUCCUGUUCGAACAGUGAGCAGCAAGCUCUUUUGGUGGAUGGCUAACAUUGGCAAGCUGUUCCAUCAGUUGUUCUCUUAGAAGCUUUUGCCCCUUACACGACACAUGAUCUUCAUAGUUUUUUUUUCUUUUACUAUUGGUUGGAGCUCAUGCAGAAAACCAGAAGCUUUUUAAGCAGCUUGAGGAGUUUAUCGGUGCAUUUGAAAGAUCACAAACCAAUGUUCUUGCUUGUAUCCAUCCAUUCUUAUAUUAUCCAUUUCUAAUUAUCGUGCGGAAAACCAGAAGGUUUUUAAGCUGCUUGAGAAGUUCAUACGAUGCAUUUGAAGAUCAUGAACCAGUAUUCUUGCUUGUAUCCAUCCAUUCUUGUAUUAUCCAUUUCUAAUUAUAGUGCAAGUGAUGAUAGCUAAUUGUACAUGCACCAAUUUUGUUAUCUAAUUGAUGUCAGGUGGUAGGAUGGAUGUAAUUAUUUUUUGCUAAUUCAUGUAGAUGGAUCAAUCCUCAAGAAAACAAUUUAUUUUGGGUAAUAAAGCGAAGCUGCACCUUCCUGUUUUCUCAA